AUGGCUCCUCCACCAAAGCCAAUCAUCAAGAAACCCAAGGUAGCCACCAAUCCCAAACCUCAAGAGAAGCCCAGCAAUCCUGAUCGCAUCGACGACAAAUGGAGGCCUCCCACCACAAUUACUGAGCCUGGAGCUUCCCCUGAAACCUAUCUGAUAGGCAAGAAGCUAGGCAAGGGAGGUUUUGCCGUUUGCUUUGAAGGGAAAUCAAAGCGAUCAUCCGAAGUCCUCGCACUGAAGGUUGUCAAAGCAAAGGUCGAACAGAAGAAAAUGAUGGAAAAGUUUCGAACUGAACUACAAAUUCAUGCGAAGAUGCACCACCCGAAUAUUGUCGAGUUUCUCCGUGCUUUCACCAUUGAGGAUCAUACCUACGUGGUUCUGGAGCUGUGCCCCAAUGGAAGCUUGACUGAAAUGGUCAAAGCACGUUCAUGCCUGAGUCUCCCGGAAGUUCGACGAUACAUGGUACAAAUAUGUGGGGGGGUCAAAUAUCUUCACAAGAGAUCCGUCAUCCACCGAGAUCUAAAAAUGGGCAACAUCUUCAUUGAUCAACGCAUGAAUCUCAAGAUUGGCGACUUUGGUCUGGCUGCUGUCAUGGCAGAUGAGCAGGAUCGUAGAACCACCCUUUGUGGUACUCCCAACUACAUUGCGCCGGAGAUUUUGAGUAAGUCAGGCAGUCGAGGCCAUGACAACAAAGUCGAUACUUGGGCCGUCGGAGUGAUUUGCUAUGCCAUGUUAAUGGGCACUCCACCCUUCCAAUCAAAGACACAACAAGAAAUCUAUUCCAAACUCAAGACUCUGGAAUACGAGUGGAAAAUCGAUAGCAAGAAUUACAUUCCCCAACAAGCCAAGGAUUUUGUCGCUUCUUGCCUCAAUCUCAAUUCAGCCGAGAGACCAGAUAUGGACCAGCUAGUUGAUCAUGAAUUCUUCACCAUGGGUUCUAUUGCUGAUCAGCUUGACCUUUCCUGUCUGAAGAUGACCCCAGCAUGGCUUGAGAAUGCGGAUCCACGAGGAGAUAGAGUGAAACCUGGCUCAGGUAUUAGUCAUUCUCGAAUAUGUCGCGAGUGCGGCGUGGGUACCGGCUCAGACGGUCGCCUUCGCCCUGGUGUCGGUGUUGGAGCUAACAUAUCCGCACUGAUUGAAAUUGAAAUCGAAAAUAGGGAGGGAUGUGCCCCAUCCAUUCCACUGCCCUCUGGAAUUCUUUACAAGCAAUUCACGCAGGCACAUGCAUAUUGGGCUGCACAUCAACAACAGCCUCUCUUGCCUACUCGAGUAGGAAAACGGAAGGACCAAAUCUUGUUGCCAGGAAGAUCCGUCAGUUCCAUUGUACAAACAAAGUCUGAAGUCGAAGGACUCGACAUUGCUAGUAUCAAGGCUCCCAUCAGCGGAACCAUCUCGACUUCCAAACCCUUCCAAAGCUUUGCGGCCCAGCAGAGGCAGCAAGCCCUGCCUGCUCCUGUUUCUCGAAGAGUGGAAAAGAGGCCAAUUGAAGAACUUCCAACAAGGGACCAGGUCAUGUCUGAGGUUCCGCCUCAAGCACUUCUCAAUCAACGACCAUUGAGAGCAGCCACAAUCCGCGCUACCAGGACUACUGUUACGAAAGAGACACUGUCCACGACCUCGAAGACUUUGCCUAGAUCAACCACGGUACCCAACACGAUCGAAGCACUUGCAAAGGAGAUUGAAGCAGAUGUUGAGAAAGUUGAAAAUCGCCGAGUGAAGAAAAUGGUAUCCUCCACCCAAAUUGGUCUUAAGAAUAAUUCAAGCAUGAGAUCAGUCAGAUCCAUCGUGGCAGUUGAUAAUGCAACCACACGACCAGUAUCGUCAUCAUCUUCUGCAGACAUCAUGGGUCGUAUUCUUCAAUCAACAACCGGCAAUGGACGGAAAAUGCCAAACCAAGAGACUAAACUCGAUCUCGCGCAUACCAAACUCUCUAUUAGGCAUCGAGCAGCUUCCAAAUCUGGUCCAGAAGUUCAUCUUUCUUCUUCCGAAGCUCAUGGCAGAAUAAUAGCAACGAAUGAUCCCUAUGAGUUGGUCAGCAAAACUGGCAAUGCAGACGUGCUCAAUUCUCUCCGAACGUUGACCCAGGCACUGGAUAAUCGAGCUCCCAGUGAUACUCUCCGAAGGCCACGAUCUGCAUAUCGGAGUCGGGCCACGCAACGAGCCACAACAUACCCCAGAGUCGACAAAUGGGUGGACUACUCAACACGCCAUGGAAUUGCGUAUACGUUAAGUGAUGGUAGUGUGGGAAUGAUCCUAAGAUCGUCAGAUGACAAUGUGCGAGCGAGCACUUGUGUCGUCGUUCGAAAUGGAAGUCAGCACACUAUGAGACGGGCCAGAGGUCUGGACUAUCAAUUCGUUCCUCAGGGCCCUAAUGCUCAUAAUAUUGAGUUCUAUGAGCAGACAGACUAUGAGAAGAACAUGAAGCGGUUAGAUGUGCCAGCCAGUGAGUUCCAAUUGGACUUUGAUACCUACCCAGAUCAACUUGCAGCUCUAGAAGCCAUUCAGGGAAGUCUGGUGGGUAGCGAAGCUGAGCGGAUGAAAGAAAUCGUACUUCUGGACAAGUUUGGAAAGUAUAUGAACAAACAAACUCCCAGUACGACCAAACCAGAGGAGAAGCCGAAGAUUCUGGUGCAUUUCUACCAGCGAGUUGGAAAUGUAGGUGUAUGGCGAUUUGUGGAUGGUGGUCUGCAAUUCAACUUCCCAGACCAUACCAAGGUUUCGAUUUAUCAAAAGAGAGAUGAGAGUGGGGACGAAAAAUACAUGGUGGACUUCGUCUAUCUCCUGUCGACUGAUGCAUCGAAUCUGGCCAAUCUUGGAAUGGCGAGUGGAGAAGCAUUGGAGCGAAGAAGCACCAUGUGCUCCCCGCUCGAGGAUAUUCUACUUGACAGAUUGGGGCGCGUUGACAUGGAAAUUGUCAGGACCAAUGAAGUCAAGGAGAAGUUGUCAUGGAUUCGUGCUGUCGCCGGAUGUUGGAUCAAAGAAGGUGGCUUGGGUCGGAUGGGAGAGGAGAGAUUGGGUUGGAGUGGACUACAAGAAAGGAUGGGUGAAUCCAAGAUCAAGUUGCAAUGGGUGACGGUUGGUCGCCCUGGUGGUGAUGGAGAAGGGCAGUUGAAGCAGAUGAGGGAUUGA